AGUUGAUUUUUAAUGUAACUUGUCUUAAAAAGAGCACAGACACGUAACUUCAAAUGGAACUUAACUAAAAUGACGCUUUCCAGUUUUUCAUGUCUGCAGCGAAAAGCAGGAAGUGAGUUGCAUAACACAAAGACACACUCACAGUCCCACUUGUGCUGAGGUUAAUGUGGUGAUCAACAUCCACAACCAGCCAUUGGUGUUGAGCAAGACAGGAGACGCACACGCACACAGGCACACGCACACGAUGAUGCACAGAAGUGUGAGAUAAGAGCUGCCAGCUUGUCAUCGCGCCAGUGUGUAUGAGCUGUCUGGAGUCACAGAGGAGACUCGGUGUGACUGAGGUGUUUCGGGCCUGAAGUGAAGUGGGGCUCUGAAGGUUUGAAGAAAUAGCAGGCUGCCUUCCCCAUAUCCGUGUCCCAGUCUAUGGCUGCCGAUGACUAUAACCCUGUCUCCCUCCGACACAAAUCCAAGAAGAAGAGCAGAGGAGGAAAUGGCACAAUGAGCAGGAGACGGAUCUCGGUCAAGGAGCUGGGUCUGCCCGACCACCAGGGCUGGCUGUACAGGAAGAAAGAGAGUAAAGGCUUCCUGGGCAUGAAAUGGAAGAAGUUCUGGUUCGUGCUGAAGAAGACGGCGUUCUACUGGUACAACAACCAGCUGGCAGAGAAAGCCGAGGGCUACAUUGACCUCACCAACUUCGUGAUUGACAGAGCCAUAGAGUGCAAGAAGAAACAUGCGUUCAAAGCCUGUCACCCACAGGUCAUGAUGUUUUAUUUUGCUGCCGAGAGCCACGAGGAGAUGAACUUAUGGCUGAAUAAGCUUGGGUUAGCCUCCAUCAAGUACGAGCCCACAGAACAAAACCCUGCGGCCGAGUGUUACAGUGAGGCCAGUGACCAUGAAGAGGCUGAAAGCACAGAGAUCCCCCCUCCACCAUACUCUGAACAGACGCUGCGGAGCUCUGUGGAGGCCCCACCACCACCCGGCAGCACACAUCAGGGCACCCUCCCUCCCCCUUACUCCUCCGCGGCCCCCAGCGAGACCAACUGUUUGCUCUCGUCGCCCGUCAGCACGAUGACGUCGCAGAGCUCCGCCUCCUCGCUCGCCAAGCACCGGCAGUCCUGGCUGGACCUGGUCUCGCAGGCGUCUCCUCCCGCGGGGGAAGUGGCCGUGGUGUGCUCGGCUCAGGUACACUCGCAGCUGCAGCCUCCGCGGGUGGAGGCAGAUGGGCGCCCUCAAGUGAUGGAGAGCUCAGUUCACAGGGGCCCUUCAGAUGUGGCGGCUAAGGAGGAAAACACUGCAGUGGAGGUGGAAUCACAGAAGGAGGAUUCAGGUGCUCAAGAUAAAGGGGACCAUGGGAACGGCUCGGAUGAGAUGGAGAGGCUGUACAUUCAUCUCAAACAGGCCAGCCUGUCGCCAAUAGGAGAUCGCAAGCCCUCGACUAAAAGGGAAUUCAGGGCCUCCUUCGUAAAACGCUGUAAAAACCAUACUAUCAACGAUAAACUGCACCUCAUCAGGACACUCAACAGCACGUUAAAGUCGAAGGAAGCAGACCUACAGGUAAUCGAGCAGGUGCUUACGGAGCAGGAGCUCACAUCGCACAAGUUCAGAGAGUGGAAGGAGGCCAACGGAACCUUGGUGCAGGAGAUCUGCGUGAAACUGAACCAACAGGUGGCGCCACAGGCCACGAAAGCUGCGGCAUCAGUCAGUGCUGCUCCAGUGGUGGAGACCAGUUUAUAGAGACUUCUCAUUUCUACUGUGUCCAGACUUAAGCACACACACAGACACACGCACACACACUGAUGUUUUCAAUUGAGACUACUGUUCCAUAUCAGCCGACUGUCAAUCGGAUUAAUGAAGAAAAGUGUUUCUAGUUUUUAACUGGAGACAAUAAAUGAGCAUCAGUUCACAGUGAAAAGUGUUUUUUGUCAUACUUUAUCUUUUGACUUGUGAGAUUAGGUAAUUUCACCGGCGAUUGUUUUUAAAAUGUAAAUCUGUGAACCUAUGCAUACGUUGUUUUUAAUAUUUGGUAUAAUGGAGGACGUUGAGAUAAUGGAUCCGUUGUUCUCUACUUUACAAACUGAGCUCCUCCUUUUCAGUAGGAAACCCUAAACAAUGAAGAAUCCCACCCUUAUGACCAACAAAACAUUGACAGUAAUAUAUUAACAAUGUGAUAACGACUUAAUUACUAACAAAGAAUUAGAUUUGAGCCAGGAAACAUAGGAUACAUGGUGGAUAAUUCUCAGGAAAAAAAAAGCUGAAAUUGUUUAAAAUACUCGGCUUGGGCCAACAAACCCAAGACAUGUAUAGUUCCAGCUAAGCAGAGAAUUAGGAGGUCGUCCAGUAACGGGCAUUAUGUGACUGUGCCCAGCCACAGCUCCACAGAGCAACUGGUUCAGGAAGCACCGACCAAGCAAAGGAGCGAAAACCAAGCCCCAGGCACAAGAGCUGCAUUUUUCUGAAUAAAGUUUCAUCUGUCGUGCAUAUUGAACAUUAACUGAGUGUAAAUAGUUGUAAAUGGAUGUUAAUUGUUUUUGAUAUGUGUUCUGGAAUGAAAGUCAGUUUGAUUGUUUGUAUAUAGGGAAAUAAACUGUUACGAAAGUGAA